AAGAAGUAGCAAGAUGGCGGCGGGCGGCAGCGGGGAUGAUGCGUUUCAGACCUUCUACACAGAGGUGAAGCAGAUCGAGAAGAGAGACUCAGUGUUGACCUCCAAACAGCAGAUCGACAGAUUACUGAGACCAGGAGCCUCAUACUUCAACCUCAAUCCCUUCGAGGUCGAACCUCACACAGAUCAGGACACACCGUCACACACUAACACUGUUCACUUUAAUAUCACGGAUUAUUACUGUCCGUUCUUCAUGAAGAUCCCUACGUUUAUUUAGAUGUAUGAGCCAAUCAAUACAGUGAGGGUAAUUUAUAUAUAAUAUGCACACACAUAUAUAUAUUAGUGCUGUCAAACGAUUAAUCGCAUCCAAAAUAAACAUUUGUGUUUUCAUAAUACAUCU